AUGUCUCUCGACGACAAAGUUGCUGUUCUUCGUAUUGUGAUAGCAGCACCGAUCAUUGAGGAAACCCUUUUUAGAGGCGUUUUUAUACCAUUUCUGAUGACACAUGGAUGGGGACAGAAAUUCGCGUUUGUCUACUGCUCGACACUCUUUGGGUUGGCACACCUCCACCACCUUAUCACAGAAAGUGUUAUUGAUACCAAGAAAGUAGUCACCGCCAUAGUCCAAGUGAUGUUUACAACACUAUUUGGCAUGUUUUCGUCGUAUGUCUAUUUCUGUACAAAGUCUGUGAUAAGUUGUGUGUUGUGUCAUGCUCUUUGUAAUUACCUUGGCUUCCCAGACUUCUCAAACUUGUACGACAAUAAGUCUUUGAUUGUUUACCUUGUCGGCAUUACACUCUUCAUCUCCUCUUUUGCCAUCCACUUCAUUUGA